CCCUACACCAUGGCCACGAAGGUGGACAGUAGGUCCGGAGGGCUCCCUGGCAGUGCGUGUGACCUGGACACAGCCCGAGAGCACGCACAGGCUGUCACCCGAAACUACAUCACCCACCCGCGCAUCACCUACAGGACCGUGUGCAGCGUCAAUGGACCCCUGGUAGUGCUGGACCAGGUCAAGUUUGCCCAGUAUGCUGAGAUUGUCAACUUCACCCUCCCGGAUGGGACUCAGAGGAGCGGGCAAGUGCUUGAAGUGGCUGGGACCAAGGCCAUUGUUCAGGUGUUUGAAGGCACUUCUGGGAUUGAUGCCCAGAAGACCACCUGUGAAUUCACAGGAGACAUUCUGCGCAUGCCAGUGUCUGAGGACAUGCUGGGCCGGAUCUUCAAUGGCUCUGGCAAACCCAUUGACAGGGGGCCAGUGGUCAUGGCAGAGGACUUCCUGGAUAUCAAUGGCCAGCCCAUCAACCCCCAUGACCGCAUCUACCCCGAGGAGAUGAUCCAGACAGGCAUCUCACCCAUUGAUGUCAUGAACAGCAUUGCCCGGGGCCAGAAGAUCCCCAUCUUCUCAGCCGCUGGGCUCCCCCACAACGAGAUUGCUGCCCAGAUCUGCCGCCAGGCUGGGCUGGUGAGGAAGUCUAAGGCUGUGCUGGAUUACCAUGAUGACAACUUCGCCAUUGUCUUUGCAGCCAUGGGGGUGAACAUGGAAACAGCCAGGUUCUUCAAAUCGGACUUUGAGCAGAAUGGAACCAUGGGGAAUGUCUGCCUCUUCCUGAACUUGGCCAAUGACCCAACGAUUGAGCGGAUCAUCACCCCGCGCCUGGCUCUGACCACUGCGGAAUUCCUGGCCUACCAGUGUGAGAAGCACGUGCUGGUCAUCCUAACGGACAUGAGCUCCUAUGCAGAGGCCCUGCGAGAGGUCUCAGCUGCCAGAGAGGAGGUGCCUGGACGACGUGGCUUCCCAGGGUACAUGUACACAGACCUGGCCACCAUCUAUGAGCGGGCAGGCCGCGUGGAGGGCCGGGGUGGCUCCAUCACGCAGGUCCCCAUCCUCACCAUGCCCAAUGACGAUAUCACCCACCCUAUCCCGGACCUGACUGGCUUCAUCACUGAGGGACAGAUUUAUGUGGACAGACAGCUUCAUAACCGACAGAUCUACCCUCCCAUCAAUGUGCUCCCUUCCCUGUCGCGGCUGAUGAAGUCUGCCAUCGGGGAGGGCAUGACAAGGAAGGACCAUGGAGAUGUCUCCAAUCAGCUGUAUGCGUGCUAUGCCAUCGGCAAGGACGUGCAGGCCAUGAAGGCCGUGGUGGGCGAGGAGGCACUCACCUCUGAGGACCUGCUCUACCUGGAGUUCCUUCAGAAGUUCGAGAAGAACUUUAUCAACCAGGGCCCCUAUGAGAACCGCUCAGUGUUCGAGUCGCUGGACCUGGGCUGGAAGCUGCUGCGCAUCUUUCCCAAGGAGAUGCUGAAGCGCAUUCCGCAGGCGGUGAUCGAAGAAUUCUACUCCCGCGAAGUGGCAGCGCCACAAGAUCCCGGAUCCGACACUGCGCUCUAGCC